GCCAACGACACACCUUACGUUCUCUCUUCCUCGCCCGUGUCUCUUUCUGGGCAUUUUGAGAUCGUUUCGCUGCCACGCUAAUCUAAGUCAAAAUGGCACCCAUGAUUCAGGACCAGCCUGCCUGGACGGAUUCGAAGCCCCAGCCGUCCAAGCCGUUAGAUGACACGCCCACCAUCUAUCAAGGUAUCAAUGAGAAUGACCUGCAGGAUAAGGCAAACAAAUGUCUUGCCAACUAUGGCACAAAGUUUGAAGACGAUAUCAUUGUCGGCAGCAAAGGCCUCUACGUUUACACCGCCAAAGGCCACCGCGUCCUUGACUGGACUUCGGGGCAGAUGUCGUGUCUAAUAGGUCAUGGGCACCCUGAAAUUGUCUCAACUAUCCAAUCUCAUGCUAGUCAACUCGACCACCUCUUUAGUGGCAUGCUCUCGCCUCCUGUCAUCAAUCUCGCCUCACGCCUCACCUCGGUACUUCCCCCGGGUCUUUCCAAGGCUUUCUUUCUCUCCACCGGUGGUGAGUCGAACGAGGCCGCCAUCAAAAUGGCCAAGGUAUAUACAGGAAAGUUUGAGAUUGUCGGACUAGGUGCCUCCUGGCAUGGCGUUACUGCACAAGCCCUAGGCGCCCAGUAUCAUUUUGGUCGCAAGGGACAAGGGCCGGUGAUGCCUGGAAUGCAUAUGCUCCCACCCCCGAACAGCUAUCGUUCCAUAUUUCGCAAUUCAGACGGCUCCUAUGACUGGGAGACUGAACUCAACUAUGGCUGGGACCUGAUUGAUCGAGCAUCUUGCGGCUCCCUAGCAGCUUGCAUCGUCGAAUGCAUCCAGUCUUCUGCAGGCAUGCAUGUCCUCCCACCAGGCUACCUUCGAGCCCUCAAGAAACACUGUGAGAAGAGAGGGAUGCUUCUGAUUGUGGACGAAGCCCAGACCGGGGUCGGUAGAUGUGGGGACUUGUUUGCCUUCAAUCACGACAACGUCGUCCCCGAUAUUUUGACAUUGAGCAAAACUCUCGGGAAUGGCUUGCCCUUAAGCGCAGUGGUGACGAGUGACGAGAUUGAACGAGUCUGCACAGAACGAGAUUACUGCUUCUACACGACUCACGUUAAUGACCCAUUACCCGCAGCCGUGGGCGACAAAGUCCUGGAAAUCGUUCUGCGAGAUAACCUCGUCCAACAUGCGCAAACAAUCGGGGACCAGCUACAUGCCGGAUUGAGAAAGCUGAAAGAACGCUAUGCAUGCGUCGGCGACGUGCGAGGGCGAGGGUUGAUGGCGGGCGUGGAAAUUGUGGCCGAUCGAGAGAAGAAGACUGCCGACCUAGAUUUGGCCAGGAGGAUCUCCCACAGAAUGUAUGAACUGGGACUGUGGGCGAAUCUGAGUAGCCACUCCAGCUUUGGUGGUGUCUUCAGGAUUGCCCCACCAAUCGUGGUGAACAGUGAGCAGAUGGACGAAGGCCUAGCUAUUAUGGAACGAGCUUUCGCCGAGACUGAAGGAACCGGGAGGUUGUAUUGAGUCUAGGAAGCAUGACAGCAUCGUGGUAAUUGGGAACGAGCGUAGCAUAAGAAACUAUGGAGGUGAAUGUUAUCCCUCAUCGAAU